UUCCUUUUCAACACGAUGGAUGGCGGUAAUGCAUCUUAAACAUUAGGUGCCCCCAAAAAAACGAAGAAGAAAAUAAACCUUUCGGUGUGUGUAAAUCUCAGCUAUUUGUGGUUCUACAGAAUUUCCACCCAACUUCAAGGUGCUGCCAUUAUGGAUGGGGAGCCCCUCUCAGCCUUGUGCACUCCUGCUUUGGUGGUCGAUGUGAGCCAAGUGAAGAAAAAUGCCCAGAAGAUGAUUGAACGAUGUCAGAAGCUGGGAGUUCAGCUCCGCCCUCACAUGAAGACCCACAAAACCAUAGAUGCAACGAACGUAACAACCGCAAAUAACAGAGGAACACAGUUGUGCAGUGAGAGUGAGUGUGCUGACAUAAUGACAGGGGGUUCACGACGGUGCAUUGUGGUUUCCACCCUGGCAGAGGCCUGUUUCUAUGCCGACCAUGGAUUUGAUGACAUCCUUUAUGCGUAUUCUCUUCCUUUUGAUAAGGUGGAGCGUUGUGCCGUUUUGUCAGAGAGGCUGGAGCUCUUUCAAGUUUUAUUGGACCAUCCUGAUGCUCUGGAGCAACUCAAAAAGCGACCACUGAGAAACGGUCGACUGUGGCAUGUCUGGUUGAAACUAGACUGUGGCAAUGGGCGAGCUGGCAUCUUGCAUUCGGAACCCGAGGCACUCAGACUGGCUCAGGCCAUUGCUGCAACGACAGGUGUUAAACUAACAGGAGUGUACGCUCAUUGUGGGAACACCUACAACUGCAAUGGAGUGCAGGAAAUUCAGGCUGUCGCAAAGGAAACCACCAACUUUACGCUGCAGUUCAUGGAAAAGUUAAAGGCUGUUGGCAUCACCUGCAAGUCCAGCAUUGGGUCUACACCUUCCUGCAGUCACCCAGUCCAAGAGAUGGCACAGCUGAGUGAGGUGCAUCCAGGAAACUACAUAUUCUACGAUGUGCAGCAAUCUCUGAUUGGCUCAUGCGGUGUGGACGAGGUGGCUGUGCGGGUUUUGACAAGAGUCAUUGGUCAUUGUCCUCACAGGAACCAGCUACUGAUUGAUUGUGGAUGGACUGGGUUAAGUUUGGAUGGGGCUGGAAAACUUCCAACAGGAUACACCGUGAUCGAAGGGCAUCCAAAGCUCAAGCUCUUGUCCAUGACUCAGGAGCACGGAAGAGUGGAGCCCACCUCAGGAAAGUUGGAUUACGAAAUGUACCCUCUGGGCUCUCUGCUCACACUGAUUCCAUACCACUCUUGCGCGACAGCAAUGAUGCAUCCUGUGUAUCAUGUGCACUCAGAGGGCGUCCUUGUGGGCAAGUGGACACCAACACGUGGAUGGUGAAUAACAGACUCCUGGAAACCUGUGUUUUAAUGCAGUAUUAAUUAAGCAAAUACACUUAUUAGUAGUUACAGUAGUUUUUGUGUGCUAACAAACUAAUUCAGUAAUUACAUGUCAAGGUAAACCCGGCUUUUGAGCAGAUUUUGUGUCGGUAUCAUAAUCAUACAUUGACGUAUUGCAGUAUGUAGUAUAUGUUUUUGUAUGUAUGUAAAAUGCAAUCACAGGGUGCUAUCAACACCAGUGUGUGUGUGUUUUCUUUCGGCUUCUCCCUUUCGGGGUCGCCACAGCGUGUCAUCUCAGAUGAACGCAUAUAUAUGUUUUGCACAAUUUUUACGCCGGAUGCCCUUCCUGACGCAACCCUUCUCAGGGAGUGGAGGCCCCAGUGGGAUACGAACCCACAACCUCUGGUUUACCAAACCAGUGCUCUAACCACUGAGCUACGGGCCUCCAUGUGCUAUCAACACCAGUGUUUUAAACAUUUCAUCAUAUUCUACAUAGGUAUUAAUUCUAUUGGC